AUAAUGUCAGAUCAGAACUAUACCGCCAUUCAUGGCUUGAUGGAGCUUCUUAGGUAUCAAAACAAUGCCCCUGCUGAUGGAACCGGUAUCAACUUGCUUGUCAAACAAGCUCACAACUUGUUGGGACCUAACAUCCCUGACGUUAUGAUUGAUUAUACAUUAGGAUACCAAAUCAAUCUCUUUGGUAACUAUCCAACAAAAACCGAUAUUGUUCCUUCCGCAAUCUUCACUGCAGUGUUUGGAAUCAUUGCAAUUGCCCAUUUAUUUGUAUUCAUUAUGAAUACAUCUAGAGGUCAUUAUUUUUAUAUUUCACUUGGUUGGAUCUUUUAUUGUAUUAUGCGGAUCAUUGGAUUUGCCAUGAGAAUUGCUUGGGCUAAUGAUAUCACUAAUACUCAAGUUGGUAUUGGAGGUGAAGUGUUUUUAAUUUUGCCUUCUAUUCUUAUUGUAUCGUUAAAUUUGAUUUUGGCCCAACGUAUUUUCACAUGGAGACAUCCUGUUGGUGGUUCCAGAAAACUUUUCUGGGGUUUUAUGUUUACCAUUUAUGCAGUUGUCAUUGGUGUGAUUGUGAUGACAAUUAUUUUUUCAGCCGUUCCAUACAUUUAUUUCCUCUCUGAAGCAAGAUAUAAAUGUUAUCAAAAGGCUGUUGAAGCUUCUGCUAUUCUUAUCAUUUUGUAUUCUUUGACAUCCAUGUCGUUAUUGUCAUUGGCAUAUUUUUUCAAACCAACCAAAAAGGAUGAAAACUUGUAUACUUACCAACCUUGGUGGAUUGAAAGUUUCAGUCCAUUUUAUUAUGUCAAAAAAAAUGCAGCCAUUGACGCGGCAGAAACUUUUAUGAAGAGAAACCACAACCAUAGACAUGCAAUCAGAGUCAUUGCCGCCACUCAUCAUCACUCUAACAUGGUUGAAGGGUUAUCCAAUCAAAGAGGUGAUUUAAAGCACAAUUACUCGUUGGGACUCCUUUUGGUUUCUACACUUUUCAUUUUUGUUGGUGCAAUUUGUAGAGCCAUAGUUGUUUUCCAAGGAAAUUACAAGAAAGAUAGCAGUGCCAUGUGUAACCCAAUUGCUAUGUAUAUUUGUUGGGGUGCCCUUGAAGCGAUCAUUCAUGUUUUAUAUCUAGUUGGAAGAGUUGACUUACGUUUCUACAGACCAGAUAAACUUCCAAAGAAGGUUCGUUCCAUUAUUACUGCGGAACAAUCCCUUAACGUUUCUGAUGUUGAAAGUGAGAGUGAAGAAUAUGACGGAACUGACAGUGAAACUAAUGUUGAUUUUAGAGCACCAGUUUCAGAAAAACCGGUCAUCAGAGACAACGAGAGUGAAUUUAGAUUUUAG